AUGCAACACCCAGCCCACGUCUACAGGGAGACAGUCCCCAUGGGCCCUGCUGACUUGGACGUGAAUGAAUUUUUGUCGUUGAUGGAGGCAUUGAAGCGCGAAUGGCCCGGCAAUUCUUACGACGUCCUUAGCAGACUGCAGCGGCAAGCGAAUAGUAUUAAAGGAGGAGCUCGUGCUGCUGCUGCUGCUGCUGCUGCUGCUGCACGUCAGCUGCAGCGCCUCGAUACCCAUGCGGGUAUAUCCGCCACUGCAACAGCAGCAGCAGAAGCAGCAGCAGCAGCAGCGGCGGCAGCAGCUGGAGCAGCUGUCUCCUUUGGCCGUCUACUCAAGCAUGCUCACCAGGAGGUUCGGCUCUCCGAGGAGGUGGGCAGACGUAUAGUGCAGGGCAUGAAUUACUUUACGGAGAGGUUAGAGGAUGUCUUUGCAUGCAUUCCCAUGGAGUUAGCAGAGACAGAAUAUAUUAUUGAUACAACAAGUACCUCCCUUACUAGGGCCCCGAACCCCCCUGAUAUACCUAAAGGGGGCCCCCUAGCUACACCAACAUCAUUGCGGGGGGGCCAAGAGACCCCAACAUCCUCAGGGGGGCCUCUAGAGACCCCAACAUCCUUAGGGGCGCCCCUUGAGACCCCAACAUCCUUGGGAGGAACCCUUGAGACCACAGCAUCCUCGAGGGGCCCUUUAGAGGCAUCAACAUCUGUUGCGGGGGCCCUGGAGACAUCGACAUCUGUUGGGGGGCCCCUAGAGACAAUAACAUCCUUGGGGGCCCCUCUAGGGGCAGCACUAUCGUUAGGGGGGGCCCUGGAGGCAGCAACAUACAUGGAUGGGGCCCUUCAGACAAUAUCCUUAGACGCCUCCCCGGAGGGCACCCCUGGGGUCCCUCUCCCUCCUGAAGAUCCGCGGGGGCCUCCCGUUGAAGAGCAGCGGGAGGCCCCCCAACAGAACCCUCUUGGAGCCCUCGUGGAGGUACCCUUGGGGUCCUCUUCUGAAGAGCAUUUAGAAGACCCUGUACCUCAUGAGACGCUAGGCGACAGUCCUGAAGGGUCCCCUCUAGGGGCCCCCAUUCUUGAGGGGCCCCCAGAGGAGCCCCCCAUUUUUGAGGCGCCCCCAGGGGAGCCUCCCAUUUUUGAGGGGCCCCCAGCGGAGCCACCCAUUUUUGAGGGGCCUCCAGCGGAGCCCCUUGAGGGGCCCCUACUAGGGCCUCCGCUUCUUGAGGGGUUCUAUUGUUUAAACCUGGGGAAAGGAGAGCAAGGAUUUAGGGCUUUACUUGCGACAAGAAGCAGUUGCCCCCGCACACGCCAUGAGGCCAAUGUUACCUCCCUUGCCCUUGCGGGAGCAUUAAGCUGGCAGCAGCAGAUGGUGACCCCAACUAGGGCGGUCCGUUCCCCGCUGCCGCCACAGCAGAAGCAGCAACAUCAGCAGCAGCAACAGCAGCAGCAGCAGCAACAGCAGCAGCAGCAGCAACAGCAGCAACAUGCUACAAAAAAAGUGGGAACGCAGGCAUCAUCCCAAUUUGCGUGCAUGCCCCUGCCUAGACACACCGUGGGGCCCACAACCUCCCCCCCUGCUGCAGCAAAACAAAAAGAGACACAAAAAGAAGUAGGGGUAAAAAGAGACAAAAAGACACAUUGGCUGCUGCCAAGACGGCAUACAGAGCAACCUCAGCAGAAACAGCAGCAGCAGCAGCAGAAGGCAGUACGGCAGCGCCACAGCAGCGCAGAGAGAAAAGGGCCUGCAACAACCAAGGGCUUGCUAACUCUUCUAGGUUACCCAGGAGACAUCCGCAAAAACAACGAAAGAAAAAGACCUGGAUACAAGGGCUUUGAAACCCUUGAGGCACAGCAACACAACAAAUUGGACAAAAAGCGCAAGAGGCAGAAGGAAGAUCAGGUCGGUCUCCGCUCCCACAACAUCCUACAACCGGGGGAGAAGAUGUCGCUGCAGUGCAUUCUAGACAGCAGCAGGAAGCAACAGCAUAUUAAAGGGGCCGCCAAAAGCCUUCGAGCCAAAGGCAUGCAAAUUUCUCCUAUGAGGGUUUAG